CUCACCUCCACCUGAUGCGUGUUCGGCAGUUCGAGAUCGAACUCUGUCCCCGGUGUUUCCGAAUAGUAGGGCGUAAGCUACGUUAAGCAUCUGCUUCUUUUCUCAUAAUGUGAGUUAAGCUCUUACUGUUCCGUAAGAAUCCUCUGUUUGGAAUGGGCUCUGUGAACAGUUCCAGUUAUUCUCUCCACGUUUCGUGCUGGCAUCAUUGGCGGACUUCUUGGGUGUUCCUUGGUUAUUGUCCUAAAUUUAGGUUGUGAAGCAGGAGUGUGCAACCAGGCCUAGUAGGCCCCUGCCCUGUUGACUAGCAUAGGCCUGUUCCCUUUUCUUUCAGAUCUCCAAAAAAUGGCCAAUACUAAGGAAAGGACAUUCAUUUGCGUGAAGCCCGAUGGGGUUCAUCGUGGUAUCAUUGGGGAGAUCAUCAAGAGGUUCGAGCAGAAGGGCUUCAAGCUGGUCGCCAUGAAAAUGAUGCAUGCUUCAGAGGACCACCUGAAGAAGCACUAUGCUGAACUGUCUUCCAAACCCUUCUUCCCUGCCCUCGUACAAUACAUGUCAUCUGGACCUGUGGUUCCAAUGGUUUGGGAAGGAUUAAAUGUUGUGAAGAUGGGCAGAAUGAUGCUGGGAGAAACCAAUCCUGCAGACUCUAAGCCUGGAACAAUUCGUGGCGAUUUUUGUAUCCAAGUGGGAAGGAAUAUUGUCCAUGGUUCAGAUUCAGUCGAGAGUGGCAAGAAGGAGAUUGCCUUAUGGUUUUCAGAGAAGGAACUUGUUGAUUGGCAGCCUGUAGCAGAACCAUGGGUUUAUGAGUAACUCUCAUAUUGCACUCCUAGUGCAUAGAAGUAUUCAAGGAAAUAAAAGCUUUAGACAGAA